GAAGCAUCUCUGGUUGGCUGGGGAGCCCCCCAUUUACCUGGCAGGGCUUGUGUACAGGGGCCCUUGACAUGGAUCCAGCAGCUGAUGGGAUCAAGAGUGAGGGUGAGGAGGUAGCCUCCCAUCAGGAAGGUCUUGAGAGAGCAGACCCACCUGCAAUGGUCUCGGGAAGACCUGAGGAGGAAGAAGCUGGUGAGAGUUGGGGCAGGGCCGAGAGGCAACGUCCAGGGAGACCAGAGGACGAACCCAGUUCCCUCUGUGGAGAAAGAGCCCGGGAUGACAGUGCUGUCCCAGCUGAGAGGCCCUACAAGUGCAGCGUGUGUGGACGGAGCUUCUCCCAGAGCUCCAACCUGCUAACGCACCAGCGGCUGCACACGGGCGAGCGCCCCUACAAGUGUUCUAGCUGCAGCAAGAGCUUCAACACCAGCUCAGCCCUGAUUGUGCACCGGCGCACCCAUACUGGCGAGCGUGCCUACCGCUGCCCCGACUGCGGCCGGGGUUUCAGCGAGGGCUCAGUGCUCAUCAAGCACUGGCGCACCCACACGGGGGAGAAGCCCUACAAGUGUGCCCACUGUGGGAAGGGCUUCAGCCAGAGCUCCAACCUGGCUGCCCACCGGCGCGUCCACACUGGGGAGAGACCCUACGCCUGCCCGGCUUGCGGCAAACGCUUCAGCACCAGCUCCAACCUGGCCGCCCAUCGCCGCACCCACACCGGGGAACGCCCCUAUGGGUGCCCUGAGUGCGGGCGUCGCUUCAGCCAGCAGUCCAACCUUGUCGCCCACCAGCGUGUCCACACCGAGGACAGGCCCCACACCUGCCCCGACUGUGGGGAAGCUUUUGGCACAGGUGCCCAGCUGCUCAUGCACCGUCGGCGCCACGCUACCUGCCGGCCCCACCUCUGCUCUGACUGCCCAAAGAGCUUCCCCAGCCACUCAGCCCUGAUGGCUCAUGGGCGGACCCACACAGGUGAGCGCCCCUACACCUGUUCUGAAUGCCAGCGUGGCUUCAGCCGCCGCUCCGACCUUAACAAGCAUCAGCGUGUCCACACAGGCGAGCGCCCUUACCAGUGCCCCGACUGCGGCAAGGGCUUCAGCCAGAGCUCACACCUCAUCACCCAUCGCAGGUUGCACCAGGCCAGGAGGCCCUUCGUGGGCCUGGAUGGCUCAGGCUCUGCCCCACUAGUUAUCCCUCAGGAAACCCAGAGCAGGGAGGGUCAGAGCCUCACUGCAGUGGAUGAUGGGGCAGCCCCUCGGGUGGAAAGAUGCCAUUCUGGCAAAGACUGUGAGGAAGGUUUCAGUGCCCAGCCAAAGCUUAAUACCCAUCUAGAGGUGAAACCCCAUCCUGGUGCUAAUAGCACAAGGGUAAAGGCAAGUGCCAGGCCUGCCUCACCUUGCUGUGACCCCACCACACAGUGGACAGCAAACAGAAGGGAUGGGUCCCAUCCCUGCCGCAAUGCUGGACAAAGGCUAAGCCCAAGCCCGGCACCCCCUAACUCCUCACUGGAGGUCCAUUUAAGUCACCACCGGGGAGAUAGGAGUGCUGACCCCGAGCAAAGGUCCAGUAGGGGAUCACAACUGUGGACUCACUUGGAUACAGACACAGGACACAGCCCAGAGCCUGCUGCCUGGCAUGCGGAGCACAGACACCCUAGUGCCACCUGCCAGGAAAGCCCCUGCUUGGGCCCAGCCCUUUCACACUGCCGGGUGCUGGAGAAGCCAUUCCGGUGCUCAGACUGCGGGAAGAGCUUCAGCCAGAGCUCAAACCUGAUAAAGCACCAGCGUGUGCACACGGGGGAGAGGCCGUACACCUGCGUUGUCUGCCAGUGCAACUUUAACACCAGCUCGGCCCUGGUGGUGCACCGCCGCACCCACACAGGCGAGCGUGCUUACCACUGCUCUGACUGUGGCCGUGGCUUCCGUGACAGCUCUGUGCUUGUCAAGCACCAACGUGUCCACACAGGGGAGAAGCCUUACGUGUGCCCCCACUGCGGAAAGGGCUUUGCCCAGAGCUCCAACCUGGCUGCCCACCGACGUGUCCACACUGGGGAGAGACCCUACGUCUGCCCUGAGUGUGGGCGCAGCUUCAGCCAGCGCUCCAACUUGCUCACCCACCAGCGUGUCCAUGCUGAAGGGAAGUCCCACGCCUGCCCUGACUGUGGGGGUGGCUUUGGGACACGGGCGGCUCUGCUGGCCCACCAGAGUGGCCAUGCCACUGACCGGCCACAUAAGUGCACCCACUGCCCCCGGAGCUUUGCCCGGCGUUCAGACCUGGUGAAGCAUGGGCGAACACACACCGGGGAGAAGCCCUAUGGGUGCCCAGAGUGUGGGCGCCGCUUCUCCCAGAGCUCGCACCUGGUGGUCCACCAGCGCUCCCACCUGCCUGAGAAGCCCUACAAGUGCACCCACUGUGGCAAGGGCUUCAGCACCAGCUCCCACCUCAUUGCCCAUCAAGUGACCCACACAGCAUAAGGUCCUGGAGCUAGUAGGAAGGCCUAGCACUCACUGCAACAAUGGGAGGGAGUGUGGCCCAGGGGU